CGUGUAUUCAAAAUUCUUCAUACAUCACAUAAAAAUCGACAGAACAUUAAUUUGUACUAGGUACAAGAUUACAAAUGCGCACUUCAUACUAAUUUCUGUGGUAAAACAUAUCUGAAACUUGCAAUUCAUGUUCAAAGUAACAUUGUAGAAAUACUUGUUUGCUAGAAGAAAAUACAUUCCAUUAAAUAUAUUCACGUAAACAAUAAUAGAGUCAAUGUUAUCAGAUGAGGCCUGACUUUAUACUUGUGGUAUGUAAACAAACUUGAAAGGGAAAACGAUUUUGACAUUUAAAUUAAUAAUAUUGACUCACUGAAAAUGGUUCGACUCCAGGGAUGAAAUUUGUCUUUAAUACGACAGUUUAAUCUGACUUAAGAUUUGGUUGUAAGCAUUUUUCACUUAUUUAUCUUUAAAUGCAAUAAUAAUUUGUUCAGAUAAUGUGGAAAGUAUUGAAAAGUUUAUAUUUCAUAGCUUACAUAAAUACUUUUGGUGGUGUUAUAUAACGUUUCAUGUAAUAUGGCUAUUCAAGCAUUACGUUGAUUUCACCAUGCAAAAGUUUAUUUAAAUAUUGCUUUUGGAGCUUUUCUAAUCUUCAAUUAACCAAACUAUGAAACUGUACCAAAAUGUCAAUUUAUGUCCUCUUCAGUCAAUUAUUCAGCAUUGAAAGAAAUUGCUUGCUGCACUAGCAUUCAAAACACCCCUUCACCACAAAUUUAAUACAACAGGAACAGAAACACAGGAUUACACUAGAAAACAAAGUUUUCGUAUCAUCGUCUAUACACAGAAAACGUGACACACCUCUGAUAGCACUUUUGAGUAAAGUGGUGUGAAGAAAUAUAUUUGGAAAAUAGUAUAUUUAUACUAAUAAAAAAUGACAAAGAUAAUUUAAAGGCAACCGUUGUAUCUUGGAUCUCGAUGUAUGAGUUAAUAAGUGAACUUUAUGCUAAAAGUGAGAUCAGUGUACUAAUAAUUCGCUAGUUCGUUCAUAAACAAAUAAGUUAAAUUUCUUGUAGUUGGGUAUUGAAUAAUUAUUGUAUGUGUGUUACGAACAUACAAUAAAUUUCAUCAAACCAUAAACCACAGUAUGUUGUCUGAUUAUUCACACCAAAACAAUGAUUUCCGAUAAAGAAUUGUCAUAAAUUACGUUGUUGGGUCAAUUUACUCACCCUAGAUGAUUAGUUCAACUAAUCAUUAGACGGCAUAAAAAGUUACUUUUCUGUAAAAAUCUAGUUAAACUUGAGUAAUUAAUUGAGUUAUGCACAUGAGACGAAGAUAUCAAAUACGCAACUGUGAAGUAAACAGUUCUGUUCCAAAACGUCACUUUUAGAAGCUGCGUCACUUUCCCUGUGCACGGACGGUAUGCUAAUUUCCAUCGAGUCGAGCGAAGCCUGCGCGGCGCGGCGCGGCGAGGCGAGGCGAGGGCCGCGGCACGGGCGGCCUCCUGGCGGGCGGCGCGGCGCGCGCCCCGCCCACCGCCACCGUCGGCGGCCGCUUGCCGCACACGCACUGGCCCUCGCCGAACACGUUGUGCGUGAGGCGGAAGCCGCGCACCUUGGGGCAGUUGGCGGACGCCUCCUUGGCCGAGUAGCAGUUGCCGUCGAAGCCCAUCAGCACGUAGCCCUUGGGGCAGAGCGCGGCCGGCGCGCACGUGAAGCGCGCCUUGUCCACCACCAGCCACUCGAACUUGCCCGUGCAGCGCGGCUCGUCCCCGGACGCGACGCCGUCCGCGCCGCCGCCGUACACGUACCUAGGGACGGCAAAAAAAAAAACAACAUUCAUAUUAUAGCGUCGAUGUUUUUGGUUUUGAUGUUUUCUUCAGAUCGAUCUACUACUGUUUAUAAUAAUAAUAAUAAUAAUAAUAAUAAUAAUAAUAAUAAUAAUAAUAAUAAUAAUAAUAAUAAAAUAAUAAUAAUAUAA